AUGAUACGAAUAUGUGCCCGAGCGGCUUUUCGCUCGCCCAGUAUAGCUCCACUGCGAUGUUCGCUCGUGUACCGGGAGUUCAGCGGUACCCAAUGGCACAAGGAAGACCCGCGCAUCCAAGACUUCGGUCGUGAGAUCACGGAUGACUACGCUGUGAUGCGCGAAAGAUAUGAUGCUCCAAAAAAUACCAUUGUCCUCGCUCACGGGCUCCUCGGCUUUGACGAAUUACGCCUUGCAGGAAAGAUUAUACCUGGCAUUCAAUACUGGAGAGGCAUUACGGAUGCAUUAGCAGCGAAGGGUAUUGAAGUUAUUGUGGCUGCUGUUCCGCCUAGUGGAAGUAUCGAGGCGAGAUCCGCGAAGCUGGCCGAGAGCAUUGCGCAGAAGGCGAAGGGAAAACAGGUCAACAUAAUCGCAGGCCUUGACUCCCGAUACAUGAUCAGCCAGCUUCGACCGACCGACUUCAAGAUCCUCUCCUUGACUACCAUAGCCACUCCGCAUAGGGGCACUGCUUUCGCGGACUACAUGUUUGAGACGAUUGGCCCACGUCGAAUCAAGCGGAUCUAUAAGGUGAUGGAAUUCUUCGGUUUCGAAACCGGGGCUUUCUCACAGCUCACACAAGAGUACAUGAAGAACAACUUCAAUCCUAAGACACCAGAUAUAGCGGACGUCAAGUAUUACUCCUAUGGAGCGUCUCUUGAGCCGAAUAGUUGGUCCGUGUUUGCGGCUUCACAUGCGAUCAUUAAGCCAAAGGAAGGUGUCAAUGAUGGAUUGGUCAGUGUAUAUUCGAGUCAAUGGGGUGACUACAAAGGAACUCUGAUAGGCGUAAGCCAUCUUGACUUGAUCAACUGGACGAACCGCUUGAAGUGGUUCUUUUGGGAGCUCACAGGGAGCAAGCGAAACUUCAAUGCCAUUGCAUUCUAUCUCGACAUAUGCGAUAUGCUGGCGAAGGAAGACCUAUAG